AGUAAACAUCAUAUCGUGCUCACCAAAGCGUUUGUUCAAUAACAAUUAUUUCAAGAAAUGUGUAAGCAUUUUUAUCCACAUUGAAUUAUCCACACUUUCGGAGAAAAAUAAUGACAAGAAACAACUGGAAGUGGAGCGAUGCAAAUUUUUCGAGUUUACCGUCAACAGAAAAUAUUUUUGGAAUAACAACAACUCCGCAAACAAAUAUAUAUCUACAUUCAAAAGUUCUAGAUCCAGACGGGUCGAACAAAGUCAUUAUUGCAUCUUUGGCAGGCAAAAUUGUGGUUGCUGAAUAUCUCAGAAGCUUUGAUAAUUUAAUCCCUUCAACGAAAGAGAUCCAUUUUACUUAUAUACCUGGUGAUGCAGAACUUAUCUCACUGGAUGUUAUAAGUAAAUUCAACCAGGGCAAUGGCAUUGUUGUUGGCAUCACAUUCAUUAAACAGAAACAAGAGAUCCAUUUGGAGGAUGGAGACAGAGGGUGUACACAGCAGUACCUAAAUAUCUACUCUUCUUGUGAACCUGGCGAAGAAUCACAAUUAGAAAGCAUAGCACAGGGAUGUCUAACAAUAGACUUGGACUUUGUUCCUUAUCAGCUUACCCAUUCCCAAAUUAUAUCAGAGGGGCAUAAACAAGAUGUGUUCUUACUUGGAGGUAGUGAUAACAAAGUUCACCUGUACAAAGAGGGACUUCAGCACAGAUUCAGAGAAGAAGACUCGGAUGAGUUUUUUCCUGAAUUUCAGGACCUUGACAGUUGCGUUCAGUGGUUGGAUAUUGAGUAUUAUGAGUCAGACACCAGGCGACUGACCGCUAUGGGGCACCAGACAGGACUAGUCAAACUGGCCGUUGUGGAUGCUGUCAAAACAGAAAUUCUUCAAACCUAUGUGACUGCACAUGACAGUCCCAUUACAAGUGUAAGGUUAUUUUAUCCAGUCACAAACUUUUCACCACCGCCAUUUGUCAAAUCAGACAAAAUUCCUCCUUCCAAUGUGAAUAAAGUUCCAAUAUUUCAUUUACUGGUGGUCAGUGCAUUAUCACCUGCCGUGGUACACAGAGAUGUCCUUCACAAACAAUUGAAUGACAGCCUGAUCUUGCCUGGAAGCAAUGCCUAUGAUAUUCCACUCUGUGUCUGUGUAAUGGAUGUAGAUUUUGAUGGACAGAAUGAACUUCUUGUGGGUACCUAUGGGCAGGAACUUUUGGCCUACAAGUUUGUUGAUUCAUCAGAAAACAUCAAGCAAGCUGAAGAAAACAGUGAUGAGAUCUCCAAAUCCACGAAUUCCACAGAUGACACUCGGAAUCGACACAAGUCGAAUGAAUGCAAGCAUUCUUACAACUUUGACGAGGACCUGACGAGAUCUAAUCUAUCCAGGAAGACUAAGUCUCAGGAGAACGUGUCUGUGGAGUGCCCGAGCUGUGAGAGCACCUGUCUGGUCCACAUGUAUGACAACGCCUGCCCCUCUGGCCCCCACCAGGCCCAUUACAGCCUGCUGUGGCAGAGGAGCUUCUCUUGUCCAGUGAUGGGGGUAGACAGACUUGACAUUGUGGGGGACGGUCUAGAUGACCUCAUUGUGGUCACCCAGAAAGGAGUCCAUAUCGUACAGCCUGACAUGUUUGACGUGGCCCAAGUGUGCUCAGAGAGACUACGGAUGUUAGCUCAAGUGAUUCAGGCCAGUAAGCCAGGAGAGGAGGAGACAUGAUGCAAUAAAUCUAGUGGUCAAACCAGUGCUGAGCAUGGAUGGCAUUAAUCUUUUGUCAAAUAGAGUCACUGUAUUUUAAAAGAGGAAAAUUUUGCCUUUAUUUUAUAUUCAUCUUAUGUGCCCAUAUUGUCAUUGGGCUAAUAAAGAAUGGGGCUAUUUUGAAACAGUUAGUUACUGUUAAACUCUUAGAGCUCAACUCUGUUCAUGUCAAUAUAAAAUAAAACACAUUUUUGAACAGUGUACUUUGGCAAAAUAUAAUGUAAAAAGAACCUUACAUUCAGUAUAGUUACAGCUAUAAUAACAGAUUAAAGAGAUAAAAUGCAAUAACUGUUCACAAUUCUCCUAGUCAUUAGGUUGUUAUUCAACACAUAUCAAAUGUUUGGUAAAUUAUGAGGACAUGUUCAAUAGAAAACUAUUUUACAAAAGACUGGACAAAUAAACUCUCUAACUCUCUCUCUCUCUCUCUCUCUCACACACACAUUUGAAAAUUUUUUUUAUAUUUCUGCUUUAGAUAAACACAUUGAUACAUUUAACACAGCCAAUGAGGAUAUUUGAAGGUCAAAGGUCACAGGACAAUAUCAAUGCUCAAGGUUAUAAGUGAGCGUAAAUUUUUCUGAUUAGACAUAAAAUACACGACGGAAAACUGUAUAACAAAUAGGUACUAAUACACUGUAAUACGUUUGACAAACUGACAUAAUAUGUAAGAUUGUAUCUUAUUAAAUUCUACAUAUAUAUAUAAUGUAUCUUUUUAAUAAGUUGACAAACAAAAUUUUUGCCCUGUCCUCCAAAUGUAAUUCUGUACAUUUAUUAGACAAUCCAGUCUAUUUCCGGGCUAAACACGUCAAAUUAUUUAUAAUAGGCACUUAAGGGGGACAGCAUCACGUGACUAUCAUUGCAAUGAUGCUUUGAUGUGAUAACUCUAUUAUAACAUCAUAAUUGAUUCGAUCGUGUGAUGCUAUGAUGUCAUUUAUACAUUAUGAUGACAUACAGGAUUCGAUAGAUCUUUUUUCCGAACCAUAGCUUUUUUCUCAUAUUAUUCUACGAAACUAUAACAAGAAAAGAAAUUUUUAUUAUAGGAUGAUAAUAAUAAAAGAGGCUCAAAACAUUGAGAAUUUGCGAAAUUUAAUGGAUUUUCUGUAUAAAGAUUAAAGAAAUUCGGGUUAAAGAUUACCGUUCAUUAUAAGGUUAAUUUUCUUUUUUAUUUGGUAUAACACUAGGCUCAUAUGACUGGGCAAACGUGAAACUGAGAAAAGGAAUUUCCAAUAUAGGUUGACAUUUAAAGAGAUGUAAAUGGUCAAUUUUAUUUUCCUUUUGCUAUAGCUUUUUUCUCAUAUUAUUCUACGGAAUUAUAACAAAGAAAAGAAUUUUUUACUAUAGGAUGAUAAAAGGAAAAGAUGUUCAAUACAUUAAUAUUUUGCAAAAUUGAGUUGAAUUUUUUUUGUAAAGUCUGAGGAAAUUCGGAUUUGAUUAUCUUGAAAACUUGUAAUGUAUUUCCUUUUUUCUUUACUGUUUUGAAAUAUUUUGACCUUACAAUUUUAGAUCCCUUGUAAGUUUGGAAAUUUUCUGUCUUAGGAUUUUUCUGGUGUAUCAAAGUCUAAGAAAAGUUUAUAUUCUUAUAAUGGUUAUUGAACGUAAACUAUUGUCUAUUUUAAGAUGUUGACUUUGAGUGACCUUGAGUGAGCUGUGAGUGAUAUAAGGCGGUCGAUUUUUAUAAAAAAAAAAUUAUUUUGAAAGAGAGUGUUCUAAAAUGCAUAUGUAUACGAAUUUUCAUAAAAUUCUUAAUAUUUGAAGUAUGAAAAAACUCCUUCCUUAACGGCUCUAAAGUAGUCAUCGUCACAAAAUGAACUGGUGGAAACAUUUUUAGUUUAGGAAUGUAAAUGUACAAAAUCAUAAGCGGUUAAUAUAAUCAGAUAUAUAUUCUGAUAAUGAUGUGUUCAUGGUAAUUGAUAUAUCUUAAUAAUGCAUUACUUUUUUGAUGGUUCCAAACAGAAUUUGUCACAAAAGGUCAUAAUUCCAGAAUAAAGGGGUAGGGGUGAUUCCUACUGUAGUAUCUCUCUGAAAUGCGAAGAAAGUUGCCAUGAAAAUUUUAUAAGUUAUAAAGCAUAUGCUAAGGUUAAUAUAUGAAUUCUUUUUAAAAUUUCAUUAACAACUUUUUAUGUGCCAUCACAUUUUGUUCAAAUUUUGAAUCAAAAACUUCAAAAUUUGAAGUGCUGAUUUCAGCAAUAUAUUGGUAAAAUUAUGAUAUUGCAAUGUAAAAGAGCCUUUGUUGUAAACAGUUUUGAAAUUUGUUUUCGUUCUUUAAAUUAAUGAAUAUGAUUUGCAAAUAAAUUCCAUCAAAUAAUUAUUGCAGAAAAUUGAAAUUGUUAAAAAAAAAAUCAUAAUGCCGGAAAAGGGGGAUAAUUCCUAUCAAAAUAUCUCCCUUGCAAGGAAAAAAUGAUAUUUGUUUUAGUAGACAUCUUAAUAUCAAAGUACUGAAAAACUGACGGGAGUUGAUUUUGUCGAUGUUUAUUUAUUUUAAAAUCAAUGAUAUGUUAUUUUGCAUGACAAGUACAUGUAGUUUCUAAUUUGUAUUUGAAUUACGCACAUUUUUAUAAUAUGAAUUUUUGGACUUUUUCGACAAGAAUGUCGAGAAACCCCCAUAUGAAUCAUCUUAAAUAAUUUUUAAAGAUAAAAUUAAUUCAAUCAAACUAUGUAUCAGUAAUAGAAAUAUCUUUCGAAAAUUGUAUGGAUCCAAGCAAUAUUGAACUCCAUAGUCUCGUUCAACCAAACGCUCGGCUGACACCGUAAAUCUCCGACAAGCAAGGGAGACUCUCUGCUUGUCGGAGAUUUACGGAGACAGCCGAGCGUCGAGUUGAACGAUACUAUAUUGAACUCUGGCAUAGGAAUACAUACGACAACAAAAAAUAUCUAAAUUGUUCGUACCAUUUAAAAUCUGACUAUUUUCAAGGUAUUUAUAAAUAAGUUUCCUUGAAAAACAAUGCUGUAGCAUACAUUACAUCGAAUUUAUCAAUUAUGUUCAAGAACUAAGUCUUGUCAGCAGCGAUGAUUUGUGCUGAGGUCCAAACACUGUUUCACUUUCGGUUUGUCUGAGUAACUGCAUAGGAGAGUUGAUUAAAAUCAACUCCCAAUAA